AUGCGCGGACCCGCGCGGCCGCUCCUGCCGGCGCUGCUGCUGCUGCUGCUGCUGCUGCCGGGGGCGGCGCGGCCCGGCCAGGGGGUCUCCGAGCCCCGCGAGGCCGCCGACCGGCAGACGCUGCUGCGGCUCAUCGUGGGGAUCCUCCAGGAGCUCAGGCGGCAGCACUCGGGGGAGCCCAAGCGGCUGCAGCUGUUCGGCGCGCAGGAGCUGGGGGACUUGGCGGGGUCCCCCGAGGAGCAACGAGUCGAAAUUGUGCCUCGCGAUCUGAGGAUGAAGGACAAGUUUUUAAAGCAUCUUACGGGUCCUCUGUACUUCAGCCCCAAGUGCAGCAAACACUUCCACAGACUCUACCACAACACCCGCGACUGCACCGUCCCGGCAUACUACAAGAGGUGUGCCCGACUUCUGACCCGGCUGGCUGUCAGCCCCAUGUGCAUGGAAGGAUGAGACUGUAGAGCCAGUGACGAUUCCCUACAAGUAAUGCCUUCUAUUUUGGGACACGGAAGCACUCGUGCACGGAGCUCCCUACUCUGCCAGUCCUGAUGCCUCAGAACUUUCAUUGUAGGCCUUGCUGAGUGGAUGCUGCAUUGGUGGCAGAGUGGAGUCCUUACCUGUUCCAGCAGCAGUGGCAAAGCAGAGCUGCUCCCAGAUUUUGACCUUGAAAAGUGCCUUGGAACCUAGUGGGAGGCCCCUGCUGCCUCCACAGACGCGCCCUGGAUGAACAAGAGAUUUAUUUUUGCAGACUCGAUUCCCUGACUGAGUGCAGCAUUCUGACACUGUGUGCAAAUAUGAAUCUAUUCAGUGGACUUGAUCCACACACUGCCCUGCUCCAUGUGACUCGGGUAGUGCUUGGGGUCCUCAGCAGGAGAAACUAAGUAUUUCUUUAGAAACAUAAGCAGAAUCAACUAUAUUUUCAUAGAUCAUAUGGUAUGGUUUAAUAUUUUAUUACUUUACAAUUAAGUUUCCAAAGUAUUAUUUGGAAUUGCAUGAA